AUGUCGCAACUCCCCGAUAUCUCCCAGGUCACCUCUGGGGUCAGCAGCAGCAGCAGCGACUCCAAAUCCGCCACCCCCGCGCCGUCGAGCGCCAGCUCCAGCGCCGCCUCCCUGGCUCUCAUGGCCGAAGACAACCUCACAUGCCGCUGGAACCAGUGCAACCAAAAGUUCGCCAGCCCCGAGAUUCUUUAUGAACACAUCUGCGAUCGCCAUGUUGGCCGCAAAAGCACCAACAACCUGAGCCUCACCUGCCAAUGGAACUCGUGCCGCACCACUACCGUUAAGCGUGACCACAUCACCUCGCAUAUCCGAGUCCACGUCCCUCUCAAGCCCCACAAGUGCGAGUUCUGUGGCAAGUCGUUCAAGCGCCCUCAGGACCUGAAGAAGCACGUCAAGACGCAUGCCGACGACUCCGUCCUCUCCCGCCAGGAUAACGGCUUUAACUACCGAACCCAGUCUAAGGCCCCUAGCUACUAUGACCACAACGGCCAGAUGCGUUCUGGCCAUGCCGGCUUCCCUCAGCCGAGCCACCCCGGUAGUUACUACGCUCCUCAACAGCCGGCGAGCUACGGAAUGUACUUCAACCAACCGCCUCUCAACACCCCUCGCGCGGAACACAUUGGCUACAGCGCCGCUGCCGCUGGCGGAUACGACCGCAAGCGCACCUACGACAUGGUUGACGACUUCUUCGGCAGCGCCAAGCGCCGCCACAUUGACCCCUCGUCAUAUGCCGACAUUGGCCGCUCCCUUCUCCCCCUCCACGGCUCCCUGUCCGUCCCCAACGGCCCGAUGGCCGCUGAGCAGCACUACAUGCCUCAGCCGGCGCAUGUCUCCGGCGGCAUGAGCGCCGGCGUCCACCCUCCCAUUUCCCACAACCCUCUCGCGCAGCAGUACUACCUGCCCAUGCCCAGCGCCCGCACCCAGAAGGACCUCGUCCAGAUCGACAACCUCCUCGGCCAGAUGCAGGACACCAUCUACGAGAACGCCAACCACGCCACUGCCGGCGUCCACAUUCACAGCGGCAGCGACCACGGCUACGGCGGCGGCUUCCGCAACACACCUUCGCCCAACACCAUGCACCGCGGAUCGCCCACGCACAUGGCCGACGGCUACGCCGUCUCGGCCGCCAGUAUGGCCUCGCCGCUCACCGCCAUCUCCUCCACCGGCACGCCCGCCGUCACUCCUCCCUCCAGCUCCAUGUCCUACACAUCGGGUCACUCCCCCAGCCCGUCUGCCUCUGGCAUGUCUGCCGCCGGCCUCUCCCCGCAGUCGCGCCACAGCCCGGCCGCCGUCAUGUACCCGAGUCUGCCUACCAGCCUACCUGCCGCCAGCCACGGCUACGGACAGUCGGCCACGGCCACACUCGGUCCCAGCUUUGACAUGACGGAGCGCCGCCGCUACUCGGGCGGCCUUCUCCAGCGCGCCCGCGGCCCUCUGCCCGUGCGCUCCGCCGAGCCCCUCUCCAGCGGAGCCGCCACCCCCAAGGCCGCUCCCGGCGCCGAGGGCCCGGCGUCUCCCUCCUCGGACUCGUCCGAGGCCAGCGAGACGACGCGCGAGCGCGAGGAGCAGUACGACCGCUGGUUGGAGAACAUGCGCGUCAUUGAAGGCCUGCGUGAGUACAUCCGCGGCCGUCUGGAGCGCAGGGAGUACGUCCAGGACGAGCCCAAUCGCCCCAGCGGCGACGCUAUGGAUGUUGACGUCAAGAGCCCUCAGAUGCCUCCCCGCGCGCUCGGCAAGGGCAAGGAGGGCAACUCUCUGUAUCCCAUCCUUCCCGUCCCCGGCUCUUGA